AUGGCAUCCCCUCCUCCUCCUCCAAUGACCUUACUUUCCGCAAAGUCAUCAUCUAACAGGCUAUCUUUUCUGUUUAUCAUAUAUCAGUUGGGUCUUCCCCUUUCAACCACCACUUCCACUACAACUACUCGUCGGCUGUUUUCACCCCCAAAUUUCAUUACAUGCUCUGUUGUUAGGAAGACUAGUAACAGAAGGUCGCUUCUGUUAGGAGGAUUAUUGGCUCCUACCUUCUUAAGCUUCCCUCCUUUAAAUAAUCCCCUGCUCGCCCAAGAAAUACCUAAGAACUACGAAGUUUUUGUUGAUGCAGAAGAUGGGUAUUCAUAUUUUUACCCUUCAGAUUGGAGGAAUUUUGAGUUCAGAGGGCAUGAUUCAGCAUUCAAGGACCGAUAUUUGCAACUCCAGAACGUCAGGCUCAGCUUCGUCCCCACCACCAAAACCGACAUCCACGACAUGGGUUCAAUUCAAGAGGUUGUCCAGCAUUUGCUGAAACAUGUAUACUCUGCUCCAACUCAAAAACCAACCAUAUUUGAUAUGCAAGAGAGAACGGUUGAUGGUAAAAACUACUAUACCUUUGAGUAUGCUCUCACGUCUCGAAACUUUUCACGAGCUGCAUUUGCUACAAUAGCCAUUGCAAAUGGACGAUACUACACACUUAUUGUUGGAGCGAAUGAAAGACGGUGGAAAAAGGUAAGGAACACACUCAAAGUGGUGGCAAACUCCUUCAAGGUGCUCGACAUUUAGAUCUUCUACUCGCAAAACAAAGUUAUUUGGAGCUCCAUUAUACAUGUCCAGAAUCAAAAGUGCGAUAUAUUGUCAUCUUCCUGGAGAAUGAGCAGUUGUUAUGUUUUGUAUAUAUAUUUAUCAUCAAUGGCAAGAACUUGUAGAGCUGUUGCAUUUUUACCUUAAUUUUUUAAUGAAUGGAUCUCAA